AUGGAGGAUUUGGAAGCAACAGGAGCAGUAUCUCCUCCUCCAGAAAAUUCUAGUGUGACCUCAAAUGUUAGUGGUGAUGUUGGAAUUAUAAAGCCUGAGUUGCAGCAACCUGAGGUAACACCAAAAAAACUAGAGAAUAAUGAUGAGGCAAUUCAACAAUCUCAUGGUGAAGGUUCAACUGAAAAUGGGAAAAUUUAUAUGGAUGACACUUUUUUACCUUCCAGUUUAUCAAACUCUCCAGUAGAAGAAACACAAGAUUCUUCUUCUACUACUACAAAUCCUACUUUGGUUUCUGAGAUUGUUCUGCCUCGGGUUAAGAUUAACCAUGGAGCAGAGGGCACAACAAGAAAUGGGUUGUCUCCAAUAUCUCGUUCUUCCCCAAGAAGCAUUGGAUCUCCAAGGGCACUCUUGUCUCCAAGAUUUUCAGGAUCAUCACCAUUGAGCAAUGGAACACCGAAAACUCUGCAUUCUUAUGGAGACUCAAUUGAUACAGCAUCGCCUUUUGAAUCUGUUAAAGAAGCUGUCUCAAAAUUUGGGGGAAUUACAGAUUGGAAAGCACAUAGAAUGCAAGUAUUCGAGCGACGCAAGUUUGUGGAAGAUGAGCUCGAAAAGAUCCAGGAUGAGAUUCCUGAGUACCAGACAAAAUUAGAGACCAUCGAGAUGACAAAACUUCUAGCAGUUGAGGAGCUAGAGAGCACAAAGAGAGUCAUAGAAGCGUUGAAGCUGAAUCUUGACAAGGCGGAAACAGAAGAACGACAGGCAAAGCAAGACUCUGAGCUUGCAAAGAUGAGAGUUGAGGAGAUGGAACAAGGAGUCGCUGAUGAAGCCAGUGUUGCUGCUAAAGCACAGCUUGAAGUGGCUAAAGCCAGACAUACAACUGCGAUUUCGGAAUUGGAAUCUGUCGAGGAAGAGCUACAAACUCUGCAACAAGAGUAUGAUGGUUUGGUAAAAGAGAAAGAGUUGGCUGUAAAGGAAGCAGAAGAAGCAGUUUCGGCUUCUAAAGAAGUUGAGAGGAAAGUUGAAGAACUCACUAUAGAGUUGAUAGCUACAAAGGAGUCGUUGGAAUGUGCGCAUUCUUCUCAUUUGGAGGCGGAAGAACAUAAAAUCGGAGCAGCCAUGUCGCGUGAUCAUGAAACUCACAGGUGGGAGAAAGAACUGAAGCAAGCAGAGGAAGAACUCCAAAGACUUAAGCAACAUAUAGUUUGUACAAAGGAACUAAAAAUGAAACUUGACUUUGCUUCAGCAUUGCUGCUUGAUUUGCAGAAAGAGUUGGCAGAUUAUAUGGAAUCAUACAGGUUGCAGGAGGAAACGGGUGACUCAGCAAGCAGUGAGAUCUCAUUACAGGACAAAUCCCAUACAGAUAUACAAUCAGCUGUUGCUUCUGCAAAGAAGGAACUUGAAGAAGUGAAUGCGAAUAUCGAGAAAGCAACUGCUGAAGUACAUAGCUUAAAGGUAGCAUCCUCUUCCUUGGGAUUGGAACUUGAGAAAGAAAAAUCAGCAGUUGAAAAAAUCAAACAAAGAGAAGGGAUGGCGUCGAUAGCGGUUACUUCUCUAGAAGCUGAGAUCGACAUAACGAGGUCCGAAAUAGCUUUGGUUGAGUCCAAGGAAAAAGAAGCCAUGGAGGAAAUGGUGGAGCUACCAAAGCAACUGCAGCAAGCAACUCAAGAGGCAGAUGAAGCGAAAUCAUUCACUGAACUUGCUCGUGAAGAGCUGCAAAAGGCUCAAGAAGAAGCAGAGCAAGCAAACGCUGGAGCAACUACAAUGGAGAGCAGAUUAUUUGCAGCUCUGAAAGAAAUUGAAGCUGCUAAAGCUUCAGAGAGGUUGGCAUUAGCCGCCAUCAAGGCAUUGCAAGAGAGCGAAUCUGCUUUAAAGGACAACAUUGUUGAUUCUCCGAGAACCAUAACACUGACAUUAGAGGAGUAUUAUGAGCUUAGCAAGCGUGCUCAUAAAGCUGAAGAAGAAGCUAAUACAAGAGUUGCAGCAGCGGUUUCUGAGAUCGAGGAAGCCAAAGAAACAGAAAAGAGAAGCUUGAAGAAGCUGGAAGAAGUAAACAGAGAGAUGGUUGCAAGAAAGGAUAAACUUGCAGAAGCAAUUGAGAAAGCUGAGAAGGCUAAAGAAGGGAAGUUGGGCGUAGAACAAGAGCUAAGAAAAUGGAGGGAAGAACAUGAAGUAAAGAGAAAGAAUGGUGAUAAUGGAGUGAGCAUAGAGAAAGUUCAUGGAAAAAGCGUGAAAGAGUCUAACGAGGAAGAAACUGAAGCUAAUGAGUCACAUGGAACAGAGACAACCCCAGUCCCACAGGCAAAUCCUGUAAAGAAAAAGAAGAAAUUUUUCCCAAGAUUUUUUAUGUUCAUGAUGAAGAAGAAGUCACAUAAGUGA